GAGAAGAAGUCGACAGUCGCGCGCCCCCGAGAAAAGCACGGAAUCUUUACUUACUGUAGGCACUUUACCUAAAUGGAACACAAAUCUUAUAUUAUGAUACAUGUUUGCCCACGACGAACUACCGCGUUCAGAAAAGAAAAUACUGAAUCAUACAAAGCAUUUGGAAUAUCACAUUUUUCUCGUUAUGUAGGAAGCGUAGAGGGGUUCCGGUGACGGAUUGUUUUUUUUCUGUCAGGAAAUUGGUUGCGUUUAAGAUACAUUUUACUUUAUGUUGGUGGGCAUCAGGAUCUGAACGUAUGGAUUAUCUUUCCCUCAAGUAAUCUGAAGAGUUGGUGCAUGUUUAUCACUUCUGUUGCACAAAGAAAACGUGUUAUACACUUGUGUUGCCUUCGCUGCAAAGCAGGCACGGCGGAGAUGGUAAAAGUUCACUUAUGCGCAAGAUGUAUUUUCUCGAUAAAACCAUUCGAACUUAACUUGUAUUGAUGCAAGUAUUUACAUUUUGUGUGGUCAAUGGUUCGAUCCGCCUCCUAUAAUUUUACAGCAUUCGAGAAAAAUAGGCAAGCAUUCUUUUCGGAUAGUUGUCUUCAUCUCGUACAAUAUCUCCACCAUGUUCUUUAUUGAAUUAAGAUCAGUUUGCGCGAUUUCUUUGUGAUACAAACAUAUACUGCCGGUUUGCACAUAAUGGAUAAAUAAUGACUAUGCCGUAUAGAGAUGGCACGAUACAGUAAGGAGAGACAACGGGCAUAGACCACAGAGGAAAAAUCUGCAAACUUAGCAGGAAAAGAGGCCAUCAAAAUCACGGAAAUCGCUUCGUCCUUUUCCUCUGGUGUACAGUUACACUUACAAAUGGAUUUCAUUAAGGCAACACGGUUAUUGUUACACCUUUUGUACUAAUUCACACUUUUCAUGUUGACAAAAUAUCAUUGAGACAUGUUGAUUAGUCUUUUGAAUCGAAUAGUUUUGAUGGCCAAUGUUUACUUUUUGCAUUCCAGGCUGUAAUUUAUGCUCUACAAUGAAAUGCCAUUGGAUUUAUAUAUUUUUUUUUACCGUGUUUGUGAUCAUUGACACUUUGUGGUCACUUAUGAGCGCAAUCUAAUCCGUGUACAAUUUGGAGCUGUUUUUCUGUUAUUCUCCUUUUGGCUUUCGAAACAUCCGGAUGUCUGCAUGUGUACAGUGAAGAUCUCGAUGUGACAACACUGUAUUUAGUAGGCCUACUGCUCACUAAAAAUUAACUAUAGGAAAGUGCGUAACAAACUUUUGUAAAGCGGUGCCGGCACCAAGUGCCCCCUCACCUGGGGGCGACCCCACCAUGGCGAUCUCAUUCCUCAGCACCUUGUGGUUGUAUGACUGAUACAACAACAACAAAGAGUUUGUAUUACAACUGAGGAUGACUCUCUGGAGAUGAAGGUUCCAAUUACCCUGCAGAAUACAUCCUAAUCGACUCGGUGAGACGUCUUACCGAGAACCCUGAUCCAUCUUCCAGAGGUUAAUCAAGAGGGCAGCAGAGAGUGAGGAAUCUACAGAUCAGAAGAUCCACUCAGGCUGUUAAUGGGUGGCACUGUACAGUGAGGAAUCGACAGAUCAGAAGAUCUCUGAAGGGGUUUUGCUAAGACAGCACUCACACACAUCGUCAAAAUGAAUGAGCGGCAGGCUCUCCACUCCAUAAUGAAGGACCUGGUGGCCCUCCAGAUGAGUAGGCGCCAGCCGGUUCCGUCUUAUGACAUGGGAAAACCAAAGCCACUCCCCAACCCAACCCCUGCCACCACCAAGAGACAGGACGAUGUCAGAAUAAAGUUUGAGUUCAGUGGAGAGAGGAGAAUACUGAUGUUUGGGCGGCCUGUGCAGUUUGAGGAAAUCCAGCAGAAGGUCAAGACUGUUUUUGGUCAACAGCUCGACUUGCACUAUAUGAACAAUGAGUUGUCCAUCCCUCUGCGUGGUCAGGAUGACUUGGACAAGGCCAUUGAUCUGCUGGACCGUAGCUCCAAAAUUAAGAGCAUCAAGAUAUUGCUGCUAACACAAGAGCAGAGCAACGCCUCCCCGUCGCCCUGUCAGUCUCCCUCCACCCACCACACGGUGGGUAAGCAGGUGAGGAUCAAAGCCUCCCAGUCUACGGGGGAUGUCAGCACAGUGUACCAGCCCUCCGAGCCCAGGGGGCGCCACCUCUCCACCAGCUCUCAGAACACGGGCCGGAGUUCCCCUCCUCCUGGCUAUGUCCCUGAGAGGCAGCAGAGGAUCGCCAGGCAGGGCUCCUAUACCAGCAUCAACAGUGAGGGAGAAUUUAUCCCAGAGAGCGACCAGUGUGUGUUGGAUCCCUGGAGCAGUGCAGAGAACUCUGUGUCAGGGAGUUGUCAGUCUCUAGACAGCAGCUCAGACAGCCCCUCCCUGAGGAAGUCACGCAUGCACCGGGCCAAGAGCUACCCUGAUAACCGACAGCAGGACAACGUCUCAGACCGGGAGAACCAUGUUUAUGAUAAAGUGGUGGGGAAAGGAGGAACAUACCCCCGUAGGUACCACGUCUCCCUGCACCACAAGGACCAUAGUGAAGGUCGCAGGACAUUCCCACGGAUCCGUCGACCCCAAGGCAACCUGUUUACCCUGGUGCCCUCGCGGCGCUCCCUCAACGGCAGCGAGGAGAGUCUGGGCAGCUGGCAGUUGGUGGACAAGCAGGGCCGGCUGCGUCCACAGGAGCGCCCGGUUGCCCAUAAGUCUCCCAGUGCUCCUGUGACUUGGAGGCGGGGCAAGCUGCUGGGUCAAGGUGCUUUUGGGAGGGUCUAUCUGUGCUACGACGUGGACACGGGACGGGAACUGGCCGCCAAGCAGGUGGUGUUUGACCCAGACAGCCCCGACACCAGCAAGGAGGUGAGCGCUCUAGAGUGUGAGAUCCAGUUGUUAAAGAACCUCCACCACGAACGCAUUGUCCAGUACUACGGCUGUCUGAGGGACCACAUUGAGAAGACCCUCACCAUCUUCAUGGAGUACAUGCCAGGGGGUUCAGUCAAAGACCAGCUAAAGGCAUACGGGGCGCUGACAGAAAACGUGACCCGGAAGUACACACGGCAGAUCCUGGAGGGCAUGUCCUAUCUGCAUAGCAACAUGAUCGUUCACCGUGACAUAAAAGGCGCCAACAUCCUGCGGGAUUCAGCGGGAAACGUGAAGCUGGGAGAUUUUGGCGCGAGCAAGAGGUUGCAGACCAUCUGCAUGUCUGGCACGGGCAUCCGCUCUGUCACCGGCACCCCCUACUGGAUGAGCCCUGAGGUGAUCAGCGGAGAGGGCUAUGGAAGGAAAGCAGACGUCUGGAGCCUGGGCUGCACCGUGGUGGAGAUGCUGACUGAGAAGCCUCCCUGGGCGGAAUACGAGGCCAUGGCAGCCAUAUUUAAGAUCGCCACCCAGCCCACCAAACCCCUGCUGCCCUCAAACACCUCGGACCACACCCGCGACUUCAUCCACCAUAUUUUUGUGGAGGCCAAGCACCGGCCUAGUGCCGAGGAGCUGCUCAGACACCCCUUCUCCCAGAUCCUCUGCUGAGGGGUGGUUCCCCGGGAAGUCCCCUGUCUCUCCAGUACUGGUCCCUCCAGUCGCAUGGCUUAUAGUAUACGUUUAAACUCUAUACUUGGAAUUUUGAAUUUGGACUGUGAAAUCCAGAAGUUUUCUCCCCAAACUAGGACUCCAGCAGGAAGACUCAUUGGAGAGUACCUUCACCUACGACAGUGUGUGAUCUGUUAUUAUGGAUAAUAGCACAGUGACAUAUUUACAAGCCAUUGACAUCUCAUGCAAUACACCUCAAACUUCCCCCACUAGGGAGAGCUGUUUGACUGAUCAGUGUUGAGCUGUGUGUUGUGGAGAUCUGGACCCACCAUCUCUAAACAAACUGAUUUCAGCUUCAACUUUGGAGGUCUGUGAGAGGAAUAAAUACAAUUGCACGCGCGCACACAUACACACACACACAAAAACAUUAAAAUCUAUGUGGAUCUGCGUUAGUGUAGUGGACGGUAAAGGGAAGUAAAAACACUUUACCCCAAAAAAAGUAUUUAAACUAAAUGGAGUUUAACUUUAUUCACUGCAACCUGUGAGCAGAGUUUACACACCAUUUUUUACCACUACAUUAUUGUGGAUCAGGAUGGGAUUUGAUCUAGCACCGCCACCGAAUGUGUCUUUUAAAUAUGCCAGAGGACCCUCUCCUAAGUUUACAUUCUCUAGGUGAGCAGUUAGGUAAGAGACCCAAGGUAAUGAAUGGUUUGAUAUGUUACUUACAGAUAGCUUGAGCAGAUAGACCCAUAGCUACAGCUCAGUGCUUCAAUAUGACUGAUCAAACUCUCUGAUGCACAACUCAGUGUUAUUGACAAUGGAUUUAAUUCCUCUGAUCCAUCUCUGAAAUUCUUUGUAUUUUGACUAAGUGCCUCUUCGUGGUCUUUCUAAUACUUUUGUGGUAUUAGGCUCUCAUCUGCCAUGUUUUCGGGUAUACGGCUAAGCAAACAGGAAGUAUCACCAUAUUAAACCAUUGCGUUGCUUGUGUCUUAUAUUCCAACGCUCAGCCUCUGAGUAUCACAGGCUAGUGUUUUCUGUUGCAGAAGCGCAGCGUGUGCCAAAAGGAAUGAUAUCCAUCAUGAAAGGGUUGGUUGAAAUUUUUGUAGGACUAAAAAUAUGAGAUGUGAUAUGUAGUUUGUGAUUGAAGGAUAUUUACUUUGAGUCCGGGACAAAUACAAUCCUAAGUCACCAUUUGAAAGUAAAUUGCAAAUUAGUUGGAAUGACUAAAUUCAAUUUAUGUGUUGACUAUUGCCAAACAGUGGAAUUCUGCCAUUUUUUAUUCAUUUAAGUCAGAUGCACUUUUAUGUAAAUUAAUGUUGGUUUUUGUUCACCUUACCAAAUUUACUCUGUUUUUAUGUGAAAUAAUUUUCACUUUUAUUUAUAUCCCUGUGUUCAUCCAUUCCUGAUUUUUUUUCUAUACAAAUACAUAAAUAUAAAUAUAUUUUUUAUAUAUUGACUCUAGACAAUUUGAAAUCUAAUGAUGAUGCUUUUAGAACUGUGAGGUAUGUGAUGCCGUUUCAAGUGAUACAUUGUGAAAGCAGCUGGUUUUGCAGAAAUUACACCAUUAAGGUUUAUUAUUGAAAACCUUUGGGUGGAAAAUGACCUCUGGCUAUCCUUUCCUGGUCUCUGCUCCAAUAUAAAAAAUAUACUCACAUUCAUAGCUACACUAUCAAUUAUGUAAAAUGUUUCCCUUGGACCUUUUCAGUUCUUCUUUCAAAAGGCCUUAACCUAUCAGUUAAAAGCCAUAUAAAUUCCUCCACAUUUGUUGAUGGUGGCUUGAUAUGUGGAAAAUAGAAUUGAAGUAUGUGAAGUCUCAUUUUAAGACUGCUAAAGAAUGCAGUGGCUUAACAGAUUAGUGUAAUUUCCCCCGAAUGUGUGUGCUAGUUAGGUUGAGCCGAUCAGCAAUGUUUGUGUUCAGGUAGAUGCCAGAGAUCAGUGUUCCCCCAACAUGACGAUUUUGUUUAGCUCAGGGUUCAAGAGACUGACCGGUUCCCCUCUGAGCCCAUCCAGAUUCUGUGCAGAGGCCUCACUACUAUUGCCUUAUAUUGCUCCUAUUUUGCAUUUAUCGUCCUGACCUUUUCAGUGUUACUCGCUCUAAAAACAAACCUUCGUAAGUGGAUCGGAUCAAAUGGUUUUCAUGUGACUGCUAGAUGUUAAAGAAGGCAGCUAAGAAUCAGUUCAGUAUUGCAAUUUAUCCUGUAAUAUACAAAGAGCCAAAGCAGAUGUUUCUUUAAACAGAGAGAACCCUGGGGUAAGCAAAUGAAAAAGCUAGAAGUUUAGUUAUAUAUACUGUAAAUGUAUAAAUGAUUAUGCAUCAUGACAGGGGACUUGCAGUGCAAAGUCAUUCCAGUGUAACACAAUUAUUUACGGUGAAAAAGAACAUGUUUAUGACUGUUUUGUAUAUCGUUUAAAUACUUAAACAAAUAAAUGUUUUACAUUUCUCCUUUC